AUGUCACAGCUUCUCUUCCGUCUCUCCAAACUCUCUCACCUGAAUAAGAAUGUUUUUGCACAGAAGAGCGUUCGUUUGUUUUCAACCAGCCCUUGUUUGUCACUUUGCUGCGUUUGGGAUGAUGCUUUGGGUUUGGUAGAAGGUGGCAGCUACAUCGGAAAGGUCCUCUUUUUUGAUCCGGCCAAGAAUGAGAUACUCCAAGUCCCGGAUAAAACAAUUCCACAAGAGCUACUUAACUCUAAGCCAAUAGGAGCUUCACAAGGAUGGGGAUUUUCAUCUGAACAGUCCAAUCAUAACUCUCUACAUAUCACCGACCUUUUUAAUCCUCUGGCUGCUUCCAAGUCAAACACCAAGAUGAUUCCUCUGCCUCCGCUUACUAGUAUGCUCUAUGGUCAAACCAAAGUGGUCUGGAACGUGGCAAUGUCCUCUUCUUCCCCUCAUGAGGAAGAUUGUGUGGUGGCUAUCAAGUUCUUUGGUAGGCAACUGAGUAUGUGCAAGCCUGGUCGUGACCUCGCUUGGACUAACAGGCUAAUCCCUUUCGACCGCGCGGAAAACUCUAAUCUCAUGUAUUCAAAGAGAGAUCAAAGGUUCUAUUUGCCUGCCCCUGGAGGCAACUACUUGUGCUCUUGGGACCUCCACUUCGAUAACGAUCCUAAGUUCAAUGAGUUGGUGUUUCCUAACUUUCCCAAUUUGCCACAGUCCACGUGGGAAGAUUUAGAUUCUUGCAUCAGGGAGGACCAUUGGGUAGAGUCACCUUCCGGUCAAAGUUUUCUAGUCAAACGUUAUUCACGUGUAGGAAGCAAGGCCCCGAUGGUGAUGGUGCUGGUGUUUAGAGAGGAGGACCAAGUCACUGCAAAAGGAACAAGAAACAUGUGUUACACCCAGGACAUUGGAGAUCUUUGUAUCUUCCUUUCAAAGAACGAUCCAUUUUGCGUUGUGGCAAGCUCCUGCCCUGGUCUCAAGCCCAACUCCAUCUACAUGAUGGAUCAUUGCGUAUCUAUUUGCGAGCUCGCCAAUGGAACUGUCACUUGUUUUGAACUUCCCAAAAUGAUGCCUUUCUCCCCUUUCUGGAUUCCUCCAUGUUCUGUCUAGUUCUUUGGUUGAUGUGUUUGCUUUUGGAUUUGCUAUGAUGUUCCUUUUUUUUGUUUGACUCUGUUAUUCAGUUUAUGUCAUUUUUUCUUUAA